CAGGGGUUGGACUCCUUGCUCACGGUAAGCUCUCUCCCUCAUUCUGAUCUAUAUUUUAAUUGAACUGGAGGUUUAUCAUGAAAAAUUUUGGGAAAACAUCAUGAAAGGUUAUUUGGUCACAGUAUAACCUUAAUAAUGUCACAAGUCUUGGAAUAAUGGUAAAAAUAGCCCUGUAAAUCAUGGACAUAUGUUCUAGAAACCAAAGUAUAUGUAGACCCAGGCUACUAAAUAUUUAAUUUUUAUGUUAUAGAGAUAACUCUUACCAGUUGAGCACAUAGCUACUGUCUCCCUCUUACCUAGCCCUCUUGUAGGCCCGAAUUGUUUUUUAUUUCAUUUUGUUUUAUUUUUAUAAACAUCUUAGAGUUUUAUGAGGCAUUUUGCCACCACCACUUGUGUUUUGCCUGGCUGUCCUCAUACUAGUCUAACUAUAGCAUGUUGGAGGGAAGAGUCACUAUGCAUCUAUCAGCUGUAAUCCUUUGUCUCACAGGACUGCUCUAUACUAACUUCCUUUCAGCUGUUCUCUUAAGACUUUUGAUAGAUAGGAUGCUUUAAAGUGGGCCCAAAGGCCCACAAGAUAGGCUGAGCAGGUGAUCACACGCUUGAUGCAUGAACAAGGGGGGGUCAAAAGGUGGAUGAAUGAAGUCAGCAAGCUGGAGCCGGGUGGAUAAACCCCCUCCCUUGCUCUCAAGCUUGGGAAGUGCCGAUAAAAAAAUUCUCAGUACUGAUAAGGAAGAUGCUUGUGCGCCAGGAACUGCUCAAGGCCAUGAAUUUUGUAAUCAAAUGCUUCACCAGGUGCCAUUAAUUAACCGCAAGCAAUUAAAUGCUUUAACUGUGAUGUAAACUUGCUUAUAUAAAUUUGUGCUGUAUUGAAGAAAGGGGGGGCUGGUUCUGGUUCUCUGUGUAGAACGGGCUUGUUCUUUGUUGCUUGUGUGCAUGCAUCAAUAAAGAACUUGGUUUUGGACUUUGCUGGGUUGCCUGUCUCUCUUGCGGUCAGACAACGAACCUGAAAAGUUUGGGAUAAAGAUAACCCUGACAGAUUUGGCGACUCCGCUGGGACCCGUCUGACUCUCCGGCGAGGGGGUCUGUCUCCAAACGCAACACAGCGUGCAUCCUUCAAUUGAGAGGAGCCUUGUCUAGGAGUCGGAUCUCAUGCUGGCGAUAAGGCGUCGUCUCAUGAACCAGCCUGAGCCCGUUUAAAUCCAGCAACGUCCACCUGCCCUUUGAGCAGGAGUCACGGGAACUAGCUGACCCAGUGUGGAUCAAAUCUUACCGAAAGACUCCACUUCAACCCCAGUGGCUAGGACCGUUUGAGACUAUCCUGGUGAGCCCUACUGCUGUUCGGGUUAAGGAACUUCCCACUUGGAUUCAUCAUACCAGAGUCAAACCGAGCCUUGCUAGGGAGCCCGACCUGGUAAAGGGUUCCCCAGAAGCAGACGGCUUCGGACUUCGAGGGAGCCACGCACGUUCACCCACCGUGAACCGGGUGAGCCAGAAGCAGACGACCGCCGUGCCCAGGACACAUGGACUGCUACCCCUUUGGGCGACCUGAGGCUAAAACUCAAGAAGAAGUAGAUUUGUGUCCAUUCCCUAAGGGAUGGCCACGAAUAGUCGCUUGGGGAGUCAGUGGACUUAUUUGUGUGUUGUUUGUUAUUUUUCUUCACUGGUGGUUGGAUUAACUAAGGGAUAUGAAAAUAAUGCCUUUAUUCGCUUUGCUUAUGAAAUGAAAGCCCGUUUGCCAGCACUGAAUAACAUUUCAUGUUGGGUAUGCUCCUUGAUGCCAGUAGAUAGUCACCGAGGUCUUCCCAUGAUCCCCAUACCUCUUAGCUCUAUGAAUAUGACAUGGACUCCUUCAUGGAAGGACUCCUCAGGCUUGCAGAACCUAACCUGGGCAGAUUCAGGAAUCCAGAUUAAUAGAUACCUUACGGUGUGGAAGCGACCUGGUGAGUGGUGCUUCCUGGGCUCAGGAAAUGUGCCUGUAGGAGUUAGCAAUUGUAAAGCCUAUUUUAAUGGAACCCAUUUUGGUGAAAGACGGGGACCUGAUUGUACUCUUGUACAAGGUUUACCCCGGCCUGAAAAGUCCUGGUAUGUUUUCCCUGCUAACUUUUGCAGCUUGUUUAAUCGGUUGGUAUUGGAUAAACCUCAUGGGUUUACCAAAAUACGUUGCAUUGUAGCACCAGAUCUAUCACACACUAAGUGCACCACAGUGCUGGAGCGUUUAGAGAUCAUUUGCAUACGCUGCAUAAAAAAGCAUUCUUUUAAUUCUUCAGGUACUGAGUACUCUGUGUGUCAGUGUAUUGAUAAUGCUACUAAUAGUUUUCACGGUCUCUCUGCCUGGACUGGAUGGUAUUACAAACCCCAAUAUACUGCAUCUGUUAUAUCUAAUCCCUUGUUUGGAGUCUAUUGGGUUUGUGGAGAAAAGGCUUAUUUAAGCUUGCCUGUCUCCUGGAAGGGGUCAUGCUAUUUGGCCUGCUUAGAACCCCCUGACCUAUAUCGAGAUCACCUUCCUUCUAGACGUUUAAGAAAUGUGCGAGGUGCCAAGGAAGAUGUUGACUGGUCUCGACCCAUUACCUGGAAAGCACUUACUGAUUGGACAGGAACCUGUGCAGCCUUUUUCUUUGCAUGUGGAGGUGUCACUUACCAUAUAGGGCAAGGUAUAAUGAGAUUACAAGGAGUGUUAGAAAUAAUGGCUAAUACCACUGGUGAGGCCCUCAUUGAUCUGGCCACUGAGCAAAAACAGCUUAGGCAAAUGGUUCUUCAGAAUAGAAUGGCUCUGGACAUUUUGUUAGCCUCACAAGGAGGGACAUGUGCCUUAAUAGGACAAGAAUGUUGCGUAUAUAUUCCUGAUGUUUGUAACGUCACGUGGGAGAGAGCAAAACAUCUUGAAAAAAUUGCAAGGGAUCAUGGAGGAAAGCAACCCAGCUGGAACUCUUGGUGGAGUGAUUUAUUUAGCUGGUUGCCUGAUGUAGGUGGAUGGCUACAUAAUCUGCUUAAAAGUCCUGCUGUUAUUAUUUGUGGGCUUUUAUUGCUUUAUGUAAUCAUAAGGUGUGGAUGCUGUGUGGGUGCUCAACUAUGUAAGGAAGCCCCCAGGGUUAAAAGGCCCUACCAGGUAAUAAACCCUCAAUAUAUAUAAAUAUGUGUCCCAAGAGUCCCCUCUUCGGGUCCUCUAGGGACAAAGGGGGGAUUGAUAGAUAGGAUGCUUUAAAGUGGGCCCGAAGGCCCACAAGAUAGGCUGAGCAGAUGAUCACACCCUUGAUGCAUGAACAACGAGGGCUCAGAAGGUGGAUGAAUGAAGUCAGCAAGCAGGAGCUGGGUGGAUAAACCCCUCGCUUGCUCUCAAGCUUGGGAAGUGCGGACACUUUCGUUAUAGUUUGUGCAACUAUUCACCUAUGAAGUUAGUCAUCCUCUCACAUGCAAAGAUGCAUAUCAUUUUCUUUUUUGCUGCUUUAUAUGCAGUAGUGUUACCUCAUAGAUGAGCCAAAUAGAUUGUUCUUGAUUAAUAGGAUGGUUCUGUUUCUACAACAAGAAUGGCAUUAAUGCAGAGUUUGGCACAAGUCUGGCCUUCCUGAAAUAAACAUUUAAAAAAGAGAUAAUGGGAAAAAUCUCCCCCAUCCUGAAUUUUCUAAAGUAUAUUUUGGUAAUAACUUCCAAAUCAGCAGGUGGGCAUCCCUUAGAAGUCUGCAGUCCCACUUCUGGCUGGUUUUACUGCAUUUGAGAUCAAUAAUGACCUCGUCUCCUUUAUAGCAGCAUAAAGUAUUAUCUAUCAGACCUUCCUUCACUGCACCACACAGCCAGAUGGGUUGGAGAUAAUGCUUGGGUUUUUUCAGUAAGGCAAGAGCUAAAUAUGUGGCAUAGAACUAGAAAUUGAGCCCGUAUCUUUAGCUUGAUAGAGUAAGGAGGAUUUUUCCACAUAAUUUGUACAAUAGAGUAAUUUAAAAGUAGGAAUUGAACAUAAGUUAUGCCUUAGUCAAACACAAGUUACUGAGCUCGAUACAAGGGUAACUGGGUAAAAUAUAAUGGCCUGUGAUAUACAAGAGGUCAGACUAGGUGAUCCAAUGGUCUGUUUUGACCUUAAACACUAUGAAUUAUUUUUCUGGCAAAAAUAUACAGAAAUAUGGUAUAAAGCAGUGUACAGAUGUGGCAGGAACAUUAUAUUGGUGUACUAUAUCUUAUAUCACAGUGCUGGGAUGCCAAAACAAUAGGGUAAAUAAAAGGAAAUAACACACUUUUUGAAUACCCAUUUAUCACUAGAAUUAUAUGAGUGAAUUUGUAAAUAUAUAUAUGAUUCUUGUAAUCAAGCUAAAGGAAAUUACCGGUGUUGGAAAUGUCAGAUG